AUGACAGGAGGUGCGGCAACUGAUAAUGCAAAAUGGCAAUGUGAAAUGUGCACCUAUGAGAAUUUCCCACUCUCACGGAAGUGCACAAUGUGUCGUGCUCCAAAACCUUCUCUCGGGGAAGAUAUUUUUAAGCUCCAAGAUGGUGCCAGUGCUCUGCCCAUCCAAGACGCCUGUGGUGCUGAAUCGGUAGCUGAAAGAUUAAAACCUCUGCGGAUAUCAUCACCGCAGGGUCAUGCUAGCGCAUCAUCAAUUAAUAAGUGGCCGUGUGGUACCUGUACAUAUGAGAACUGGCCUCGAUCACAAAAGUGUGCAAUGUGUGGUGCCCUCUCUCCGCCGCGCCCGCACAACGAUACGCCUAAACCUAUUGGUAUUAAUGAUAUAUGUAAUAGUCAAAAUGCGUCCAUACAUGAAGUAGAUACCAAUGGACGUCGCUCCAAACGACGGAAUAACACUGACUGGAUGUGGUUACAGGCUUGUUUGGGCGUAGUCGAAGGUGAUGCUAGAUGUGUAGAAGCUUACUUAGCAGCAGGAGGCUCACCGGCUCGUGCCCUGACGGCACCUGAAGUGGCUUUACUCAAUAGAGCCUCCGCAUUUGAUCCGGGUCACACCUUGGUGCAUCUGGCUAUCAGAUUUCAGCGGCAAGAAAUAUUGUCAACUUUACUCUCUAGAAUUUCGGGUGGUGGACCUGGACUGAAACGAUCACCAUCAUAUGUAGCUCCGGACCUAGCAUCUGCAAUCAGGCGACACAUAGCAAGUUGUAUUCGACAUAAAAAAGGAAACUUUCCUUGUAGAUAUAUCAAUGAGAUCUGUACUUUCUCAUUGCCAGCAGAAAUAGAUGAAUUGCCAGCUCCAAUACAAGAACAGCUUUUCGCCGAGCUGUUAGAUAAAGAAGCACAACAAACCCUAGAAACAGAUACGCCGCUUAUAAACUGGAGUUGCGAACUCACUAUCAAUUUAGGAUCUCGUCUAUACGCUUUAUGGAACCGUUCGGCCGGUGAUUGUUUGCCCGACGCAGUGUGCCAAGCUGCGUAUGGUGUUUUUGAUCGAGCCAAUGUACUGCGAGCUGCCCUGGCUGAUACGCUCCAUCACGCGCACAGAAGUUUCUAUGCCCGAUGGCAAGCUUGGGAGAGAUUGCAAGCGUCACAGUUACAGUAUGCGCCCGAAGAGUCUCAACUACGUGCGGAGUGGGGACGGUUACUCGCGGCUGCUGCAAGACCUGGCACAGCAUUGCAUCAGUUACACGUGUUUGCGCUGGCGCAUGUGAUGCGUCGACCUGUGUUAGUCUAUGGUGUGGACGUAGUCAAUUCAUUUCGAGGAGAGGCGCUAGGUUACGCACGGUUUCAAGGUAUUUACUUACCGCUUCUUUGGGAGGCAGAGUUUUGUUCAAAAUCUCCUCUGUGUCUCGGUUACACGCGCGGUCAUUUCUCAGCCCUCGUUCCGUUAGAGCCGUAUUCGCAUCGUCACGAUUACAUUUGCCGCGAGCAACAAGAUGAAGACGGCGAAGAGAUGAUUUUUCUCCCCCUCACAGACUCUGAAGGAAAAUUAUUGCCUGUCCAUUUUCUCACUUGUGAUGAGAUGGCUGACGAGGAAGGUGUCGUUCGUCGUUGGACAUGCGCGUGUGUGACAGAAGGGGGUGUGCUGGCAGCUCGUCAGCGGAUACACUCGCGCCCUCUACUUCAAGCGCAGAUGUUGGAAGAGUGGCUUAAUCACUACCGCCGUCUCGCACAACAAACCCGUGGCCCGUUCCCGCCCCGGCUCCAAACGGCAGAGUUUUCAAGCGAUCCAGAUACCGACGAAGAAUAG